GGAGUGGAUUAUCGUCUGCUUAUUCAGAUAACCGACGUGAGUUAAGCCGGGUUGUUACUGAUAUUGGUAUACCUGACAAAACACCGCGUAAUGUUGAUCAGUUUUGUUAUACGCAGAAUUGUAAGUUAAAAUCGACUGAUAUUCCAUCUGAUGUGAGUUCAGGAAAUACUGUGUUGAAACUUUUCAAAGAUUUGGAUUGUACAGCAAAUUCUGACAGAUCACUUGAACCGGUAAAUUCUCAUUCGCCUGAAGGGAGUUGUGAAUUAAAUACACCAGCAUUUGAUUUCUCACGAAGGAGAAAACUGACGGAUAUUCAGCGAUCUGGAGAAAUUGUGUCGGGAAUUUCAGAAAAUUUGGACACAUUAACCAUUUCAGAGAGAGUAUUGGAAUUGAAAGCUUCGCAUCGACACAACUGUUCAUCAAGUCAAUCAACAUUUCAAAUUUUGACGACGGAUAAGCCAUAUGAUAGUUCCGGUAGUGAAAAUUAUAGAACUUUGGAUAACAAGUCUGGUAGAAAUGCUCGUCUUGUGAACAAUAAUAAAAAGUCGUGGGUUACACGGGGCGUUACUUUAACUGGUGUUGAAUUAUCUUCACGUGUGGUGAAUAACCGACUCAGCAAAUAUCCUUUGCAAAAAAACACAGAAACAACUCAAUCUCAAUUCACGGGCCCCGAUGCAGUUAAUGGAGCUGAAUGUCAAGUACCGGGGGAAAUUCUAGACACGCCGGUCGCUCAAUUAGCUGACCCAACUCGAACACCAGGCAAUACAUCCCGGACAGCAGCUGCACCAUCCCGGACACCAAAAUCAUAUCGGAAACCAAAAGGUUUGGGUAUUUUAAAAACAGAAAAUAUUAGAUCCAAUUUAAAUACCAAACUCCUAAAAGGGAAUAACUCAGUUCAAUCGACCCGUAAACAUAGUGUUGUAUCGUUUAAUAUUCCCGGAGACAUCGAUAAUGAACCUGAUGGCGUCUGCUCUCGCUGUUUUAGAAGAAUGACUACCCCUGAGUUACCGCCUUUGGCAGACAGAUCGAGAUCAUUAAGUGGGUCCACCGAAUUUGUAACAUUGCCAAAUAAACCCCGGAAACAAAUUGAAGCGUCAUUAUUAGACAUAGCAUCAUCACGAUCUCCUCAUAGUUUCUCUUCGUCUUCGGGGUACUCGCAUCCAUCCGGCACCAAUACGCAUACAACGGGGCGACUGCCAAGGACGACGUCUUGGUGUGCUACAGAUCAGCCUGCAAAACUGGGAACAGUGUUUGAACAGAAACCUACCGAUCCGCACCUGAAGAAACUUUCAAAUGAGGACUCCACAAGUUUGGUAAAACAUCAUCCGAGAUCCGUUUCCCAAGAUUCAAGAAACUCUACCAUGGGUCGCGUAAGUCAAACCGGGGUUAUUACAAACUCUCACAGUAAUACAAACAUGAAUUCGAAUGGGACAAACAUUUCACAAAGUUCAAAAAGAAAUGGAAUCAAAAGAAUAAUGUCAGAUCCGAAAAUGAUAACAGAAAGAAAAAAUAUGAAAAACUCUAAUUUAGCUUUUAAUAAAAGACUAUCUUACCAACAAACGAACGCAUUAACUGCUAGAACGACGACCCGCAGCAGCCUCUACAAUCAUAAACACAGUAGUGUGGAUUUUAACGGGAACGGUAAACGAAAUAUUAACACAACGAACUCUAAAAAACACGUUUCAGUGAGUGAUCAUAUAAAGUUUCAGAUUGGUGAUGAUGAUGAUGAUGACGACGAUGAUGGAUCAGAACCCGAUGAAGCUACAAAAGAACGCGUUUUACAAUGGUUAGAUGUUGUGAACGGAGAAGCUGAGGAUCCCCCAGAGCCGGAUUUUGUUUACGAAGAUACUCCUCCUCAAACUGACAGUGCUAUUCAUAUAGUUUACGGCGAGUCGUGAUAUACCCUGUGUUAUAAUUUAUUAUAUAAACUGUGAUCGCGAAUAAUUCACGAUUCAACCAAGUUCACGACAUCUGUCAUAGCUUAUAGCUAAAUGGGCCAAUGGUCUUAGAUCGUUGAGCUGAACACUAUUUUGUUAAACAAUAAUCAACCGUCCCGUAUCAUGCUAAUCAACGAAACAAUUUUCAUUGAAUUUGGACACCAUUUUACAUGUGAUGUCGUGUGAAUUUGACUUCAAUUUGUGUACCAUAGUGUUUUGAAAUCGGCAAAGGUUUUGUAUUUGGUUAACAAAUUGAUUUUUUUAAACGAAAACAUAUUAGAUUUUUAAAAAAUUGAUUCGCGUGUAAUAUUGAGUAUUAAAAAGUAAACAGUAAACUACAGUGACAUGUUUGCAUGGCAAUAUAGUAGCCUUUUCCCAAAACACCUUAAACGUAAAUUGAGUAGAACAACAAAAUAUUAAAUAUCUAUGUGUUUUAAUGAAUUACCGAGUACAAACAUUUUGUGCCUCCCCCACCUCGCACCCCCCCCCCCCCAAAAAAAACAAAAAACAAAACAACAACAAAAAUCCCGUAUAUGUCACUGACAAUAGAUAUGAUAGGUACGUGUGGGGAAUAUAACAAAUGACGUUUAUUGAGUUUUGAAACAAGAACUCUUCAUUACGAAAGGCUAUCUUGUGCCAAAUGUUUUCUGAUAUGACAUGAAUUUAAAUAGUGUUAAAUCCCGGUGUCUACCCAAUUCUAUAUUAAAUUAUUUUUUUACAUUAUUUAUUUAUGUAGGCUACUUUCAUUUGUUAUUUGUUUACCCGUUGUCUGUGCCAGAAAUUUGUUAUUUGUUUACCCGUUGUCUGUGCGAGAAAUUUUUUUCAAAUAUUCCGAAUAUUUGAUUGCCCAGAAUCUAAACCUAUUUUAUGCCCUUAUUCAGAAGUACACAGGUUACGAAUCUGAUAUAGGACUUCUCUGACUUUACACAGAACUACAAUGUUGUUGACUUGACAUUGAACUACAAUGUUGUUGACGUGCCAUAUGACUACAGUGUUCUUGAUUUGGCAUAGGACUACAGUGUUGUUGACUUGGCAUAGCACUACCCUGUUGUUGACUUGGCAUAUGACUACUCUGUUGUUGACUUGGCAUAUGACUGCAUGUUGUUGAACUGACAGACUAUAAUGUUGUUGACCAUGUGACUACAAUGUUGUUGACUUGACAUAGUACUACUCUGUUGUUGACUUGACAUAGGACCAUACUCUGUUCUUGACUUAACAUAGGACCACACUCUGUUGUUAACUAUACACAUGACUAUAGCCUAACUCAGUAUAGUUGACUUUACGUAGCACUGCUGUGCUGUGGAAUAUGGAAAAGAUUAGAGGUUCGGAUUCGUGGCAAUUUGGAUUUUUUCAGCAGAAGGACUAGAUAUACAAAAUUGCAUCCCAAAUGAUUAAUGGCAGCAAUGCAAUUUGCAAGUUUAAUGAACCGGCUUGGCUUUUUUUUUAAAGACAAGUUGAUGUCAAAAGAAACCUUAUGUCAUGGAAAAUGUCUGAAAAUUAUUUAUAAACGCCACUGUGUAAACGCCAUUGGAAAUGUUAGGUCAUUUGCAAUGUCACGUCAUUGGAAAUUUUACGUCAAUGUAAGGUCACUGGAAAUAAGUCUCUAGAAUUUCUAUACAAUAUCUAGUCAUGUAGGCUACCAGUGAAGGUGCAUAAUGUAAGAUUUAGAUAAACCAUUGGUCGUUCUUGCUUUAAUAGUUCAAAAAUAGAUAAUGAAAGUUUCAAUUAAAUUACUUUAUUCUGGGCGAAGUUAUGACUGUUUGAAGAUGUACCAUAGAUCGUGUAUUAUCGUAGCAACGGUACUUGCCAACAGAGAUUUAGCCACGAGGCUUCAGUUUAUUGUUAAAUUUUUAAAUCUCACGCGUGUUUAAAUCCAUUUAAAUCUCGGCCAUUCAAUGAUGUCGAGAGUUGAUUAUGGGCUUGUCAUGUAAAUUAUAACUUAUAAUUCAAUUGAGGCAAAAAGAAAGAAUUGCAAUAGGGAGAUUUAACUCUUACAUAAUGCAUCUUUAAAGACAGGAACAAUAAUAAUAGUAAUAGUAUCAUUAUCAAUGACAAUGUACCAUCAUGUACAAAUGUAUUUAUUUAUUUAUUUAAAUGAAAUUAUAAAAUAUAUAAAUUUGACCUAGCCUUA